AUGUCAAUCGAAUGGGAAGAAGGUAUUGACCUAACUGACUUCAUGAGUCCACAAAAGAGCAACAUGGAAGGAGUAACCUAUGAAGGAGUUAAUCAGGCAAAUGGAAAUGAAGAUGUCACAGAAGGUGAUCCAAAAUAUGAUGAAGAUGAGAAUAUCCCAGAUGUGAAAGGAAAACAAAUGUUUAAUGAAGACAUAUAUUGGAAGAAGCAGAUUCCAGUUCUAGGUAUGAGGUACCGGCAAGUGCUUCCUAGUGGCCUGAAUACCUUUGAAACAAGAAACUUAGGAGAGUCUUAUGGUGUUGAUUUGGAAAAGAAAACAUGUACUUGUAGGAUUUGGCAACUGAAUGGGUAUGGUUGUGUACACUCAGUGGCAACCAUUUGUUAUGUAAAUAGAGAUGUAGAGGAAUUUGUUGAUCCUUUAUAUCGUGCUUGCAUAUAUAUGAACACCUACAAGUACUCAAUAGGAAGCAUGAAUGGGAGUGCAAUAUGGCCCCCAACAGACUACAUACCACCUUUUCCACCAUUGAAAAGGAAGAUUCCAGGAAGACCCAAUAUUAAGAGAAAGAGGGACAAUACUGAGGUUAGUGGAUCACACAGAGUAUCCAAGUCAGGAAAAAAGAUUGUCUGUGGUGUUUGUAAAAAGGCAGGCCACAAUAAGUCAACCUGUGAUGCAGUGUCAAAGACCCAAAAAAGUAAGGUAAAAAAGAGGAAGGCUGAAGGUGAAGGUGAAACUAGUGCAUUGAAGAAAGUGAAGGGUCAAGUGCAAAAGGGAAAUGGUGUAAAUAAGGGAAAGGGUGAAGAUAAACGUGGAAGUGGAAUUGGUUUCAAAACGGGACAAGGUGAAUGUGGGUCAACAAGUGUUGUGAAUAAGAAAAACGGUACAAAAGAAGGUACAGUGAAGUUAAGAAAAAAGUCAGGGAGGAUAAUAAAGAAAAAGUUGGCAAAAAAGGUUGAAGGCAAAAACGGUGAAGGUGAUACUUCAACCAAACCAAUGGAUUUGGAUUAA